AUGCCAUGGGAAUAAGCUGUCUCUGCUCAUAACAUGAAUGUGGAAAAAAAUGAAUAAAAUGGGUUUGCCAACUACUAGCCUGCAGAACAAAUAUCCUCAGUGGAUGCUUACCCAAAGUCAGGAGGAAGUUUUGGGUGAUAAAAAGAAGUCUGCUUUUCAGAGGAGUGUUUUGGAAGAUGGGCUGCCAUUCCUAGAGUUCCGUGGCUCUGUUGUGUACAGCUAUGAAGUCAGUGACUGUUCCCUCCUCUCAGAAGAUAUCAGGCAAAGUUUAUCAGAUGGGGCUGCUGUUGGAUUUGAUAUUGAAUGGCCACCAUCAUAUACUAAAGGAAAAAUGGCCAAAAUAGCUGUAAUCCAGAUAUGUAUAUCUGAGGAGAAGUGUUACUUGUUCCACAUCUCUUCCAUGUCAGGUUUUCCCAAGGGACUCAAAAGACUGCUCGAAGAUGAAACAAUUAAAAAGGUUGGCGUAGGAGUUGAGGGAGAUCAAUGGAAGCUGAUGAGUGACUUUGAAAUCAAACUGAAGAGCUUUGUGGAGCUGGCUGACGUUGCAAAUGAGAAACUGAGGUGUAAGGAGAUCUGGAGUCUAAAUGGUCUGGUAAAACACCUUUUUGGCAAGCAGCUUUUGAAGAAUAAGUCUGUCCGCUGUAGCAACUGGAAGGAGUUUCCACUCAAUGAGGAGCAAAAAUUGUAUGCAGCCACAGAUGCCUAUGCUGGUUUUAUCAUUUAUGAAAAACUGAAAAAUAUGAAUAACAGUGACCAGAUGCUACCUUGUGGAGGAAGAGGUGACAUGGGUGUGAAGGAGCACUUGACUUCACUAGCUGCAGAAAUUGCAGAUGUGGCUUCUCGCAUCCCUGACUCUUCUGGGCAACUUGAAAAUGUGCAGAGGGCUGCAGAAAUAAUAGCUGACAUAUCAGAGAACGUAACUGUCUUAAGAAGCAUGCUGUUUGGUUCAGGUUGUCCUUCUGUACUGGAGAAGAGCUUCGGCACAAGUCCAACAAAUCUUGAAGCAGAGUCAGCAAAUGUUGAAGCACAGAAAGUUGAAAUGCCUGAACUAGCUAAACAACUUGAAGGUGACUUCAACAUCUGCUCUGAUGCUACCCUUGCUGGCUUCUGGGAGGAAGAUCUUAAAGAAGAAGCAGCAGAGAGAGGCAGCACUGUAGAAGAUGGAGCUGCAGCAGCCAGCUCUAAGGACAAAGCAGGCAGAGAGGACUUCAUGUCACUAGACAUUACUGAGCAGGAACUUCAGGUCUUGGAAUAUCAGGCUGCAGAAGAAUUCGCCAAGGAAGCUGCAGCUGAGGAGGCGUGCUCCACAGACAACGAACAAAAUAUUUCCUGUGUCAUUGAAAGUGAUGAAGAGCUGGAAAUGGAGAUGCUUAAAUCUUUAGAAGAUGUAGAUGAUGCUGAAGGAGCUUUAAGCGGAAGAGAGUCCAAUAAAGCCGGGAGAAGUCCUGAUACAGAAUUGAACAUUUCACCAGAUGGUGAUGAAGAUGAAGAUGUUGAGGAAGAAGAGGAAGAAUGUUUGGAUCCAUUGCUGCCACUACCUAGUGAAAGACACAGCACCUGUCUGAAGACCUAUUUUGGGCAUUCCUCUUUUAAGCCGGUCCAGUGGAAAGUGAUCAAUUCUCUUCUAGAAGACAGAAGAGAUAAUCUCGUUGUCAUGGCAACUGGCUAUGGAAAAAGCUUGUGCUACCAGUUUCCUCCUGUUUACACUGGACUUACAGGAAUUGUCAUCUGUCCUCUUGUCUCCUUGAUGGAGGACCAGGUGCUGCAGUUGACCAUGUUGGGUAUUCCAGCUUGCUUACUUGGUUCAGCUCAGUCGAAAAACAUCAGAGAAUGCAUCAAAGGGGGGCAGUACAGAGUCAUAUAUAUGACUCCAGAGUUUUGUUCAGGGAACUUGGACUUACUUCAGGAGCUUGAUCAGACUGUUGGUAUUACGCUCAUAGCUGUUGAUGAAGCUCAUUGCAUUUCUGAGUGGGGUCAUGACUUCAGAAAUUCCUUUAGAACUCUAGGCUCAUUAAAGAAGGCUCUGCCAUUGGUUCCCAUUGUUGCUUUAACUGCAACUGCAAGUCCGUCAAUUAGGGAGGACAUAGUGAAUUGUCUGAACCUGAAGAAUCCCCAGGUCACGUGUACUAGUUUUGACAGACCUAACCUGUACUUAGAAGUUGGACAACAAAGUGGAAAUAUCCUUAGGGAUUUGAAGCAGUUCCUUAUUAGGAAAGGAAGCAGUUCUGCAUAUGAGUUUGAAGGGCCCACUAUCAUCUACUGCCCUUCCAGAAAAGCCACCGAACAGGUUGCGUCUGAAUUGAUGAAACUCAGUGUGGCCUGUCGUACAUACCAUGCUGGUAUGGGAAUCAAACAAAGGAGAGAGGCCCAUCACCAGUUCAUGAGGGAUGAAAUUCAGUGUGUUGUAGCUACAGUGGCAUUUGGAAUGGGCAUCAAUAAAACAGAUAUCCGGAUGGUUAUUCAUUACGGUGCCCCUAAGGAAAUGGAAUCCUAUUACCAAGAAAUUGGGAGAGCUGGUCGUGAUGGGCUUCCUGCUGCUUGUCAUGUGUUAUGGACUGCAUCAGACUUGUCUUUCAACAGACAUCUUCUGAGUGAGAUACGCAAUGAAAAAUUCCGCUUGUACAAACUGAAGAUGUUGGGAAAAAUAGGGAAGUACCUUUUGUCAAACAGCUGCAGGAGGAAAAUUAUUCUGUCUCAUUUUGAAGACAAACAACUCCGAAAGGUUUCUUCUGGCAUCAUGGGCACAGAAGAUUGCUGUGAUAACUGCAGGUCCAGGGUGUCUUGUUUUGCAGUCCCCAGUGACUUUGAAGGUGGUUUACAGGACUUUGGGAAGCAAGCGUAUCAGCUGCUGUCUGCAGUGACCACCCUGGAGGAGAAGUUUGGAACUAGAGUUCCCAUUCUGUUUCUUCGAGGGUCUAGUUCUCAACGCUUGCCAAACAGAUACCGAAGACACCCUCUCUUUGGUAGUGGAAAAGACUGGCCAGAGAACUGGUGGAAAUCGCUCUGCCAACAAUUGAUAAUGGAAGGGUUCCUCAAAGAAGUCUCUAAGUAUAGCACCUUUACAACCACAUGCGUGCUUACCCAGAAGGGUAGAAAUUGGCUGUUAAAAGCUGGAUCUGACUCAAAUCCAAGUCUUCUACUACAGUCCAGUGAAGACCUUAAUCUUCAGAGACCACCUAGAAGCAGCAGACCUUUACCUGUGCCCUUAACGCAGUGCUCACCAGUUAAGAAAGGAGCAAGGCAGUCUCCAGCGAAGCAGAUGUCUCUGUAUGAUAUGUUUGCACAUGAGAGAAAAGGUAAAACUUCUCCAGGAAGUGAUAACAUGCUUAACAGUGUUGCAGAGUGCUCGUUGGUCAGAUCUCCUUUGAAGCCUUCAGAAUGUGUUGUUUCAUCCCGAGGAAAAGAGUUAGAAACUGCUCUCUAUGGCAAGUUGCUGACUGCUAGACAGAAGGUAGCUAAUGAGAAGGUAAUUCCUCCAGCUGUCUUGGCAACCAAUAAGAUCCUGUUGGAGAUGGCUCGAAUAAGGCCUACGACUGUUGAGAACGUGAAGAGAAUUGAUGGUGUAUCUGAAGCAAAAUCCACCAUGUUGAUUCCUCUCCUGGCUGAAAUUAAGGACUUCUGCCAAGUAAAUAGUUUGCAGGUAUGA